GUUAAACAACAGAGAGCGAGGGACAGCUCAGAGCAGACACAUAAGAUAACCUCAUUUCAUACAGACAUAACGUUCAAACUUGGCACCAAAAAAAAUAACGCUUGAAGCUCUUCGUGUUUUUCUCUCUAACGUAACCCAUCGUUUCACGCAAACACUUCGACGCUCUUUAAAUGCUUCCAACUCUGAGCAUUCCGUGGGCGGAACAAGCGGGGUUCGAAAACGACGUCGUCAUGGGGGAGGCUGUUUUUCCUUCCUUCAAGUCCAUGCUGGACGGUGACUGGUACCUAAACUCCGAAGCGAACAAUCUCCAAAACGACGCGUUUCAGAUGCACUCGCUGGACUCCUCCUCUUCCGUGCAACCCAAACCCUGCUUCGGCUCUUUCUUCGACCCUUUCGACAAUGCCUUCGAUGUGGGACCCCAGUGCGGAUUCCUCGACCUGAGUUCGAACCCCGAGUUCGCGCCGAGUCAACUCGGCGCCGGGUUGGCUCGGGAAGAGGCGUUUGACGCGCUGGCUUUGGGCAAGGCCAGCGCGCUCAGGCCUCUCGCCGCGCUGCCUCCGCCCACUCUGUUUUGGAAGCGGGCGGAGCGGUGGCGAGAGGUCCGGAAGUUGAGGGAAUUGGUGGUGCCGGUGCCGGUGCCGCCGCGGUUUGCGGCGGCAACGGCGGUGGGGAGGAGAAGGAAGAGGGAGGAGGAUGAGGGGGGAGUGAAUUAUGAGGGGAAUGAGGUUGUGAAGUUGGAGAGUGGUUUUGAUGCAAAUAAUGAUGAUGGGAAUGAGAAUGAGAAUGAGAAUGAGAAUGAGAACGAGAAUGGUGGCGAUGGUGGAGGCCAGAAGGGGAAGAAGAAGAAGGGGGUGCCGGCGAAGAAUCUGAUGGCUGAGAGGAGGCGGAGGAAGAAGCUCAAUGAUAGGUUGUACAUGCUUAGGUCAGUUGUGCCCAAGAUUAGCAAGAUGGACAGAGCUUCGAUACUCGGUGAUGCCAUUGACUACUUGAAGGAGUUACUACACCGGAUUAAUGAUCUUCAUAUUGAACUGGAGUCAAGCUCGCCUGGCUCAUCCCUUCCACCUUCUGCUAGCUUCCACCCUGUGACACCCACUCCAUCUACCGUUCCACCCUCUGCAAGCUUCCACCCUGUGACGCCCACUCCGCCUACCCUUCCCUGCAGGGUGAAGGAAGAACCAUGUCCCACCUCUUUGCCAUGUCCUAAUAGCCAAUCAGCAAAGGUGGAGGUUAGGGUGAGGGAAGGGAGAGCUGUCAAUAUCCAUAUGCUUUGUGCCCGCAGACCAGGGCUUUUACUUUCUACCAUGAGGGCAUUGGAUAACCUUGGAUUGGAUGUUCAGCAGGCUGUUAUCAGCUGUUUCAAUGGUUUUGCUUUAGAUGUGUUCAAAGCUGAGCAAUGCCGUGAAGACCAGGAUGUCCUCCCGGAGCAAAUUAAAGCAGUACUGUUGGACACAGCAGAUUUCCAUGGUAUGAUGUGAGUGAAGUUCUUGACAAAUGCUAUCCUGAUAGAGGCACUGACUGUAGUUGCUGUAGCAUGCAGUUUUUAAAUGCCGUUGUUUAUUCUCCUGUGUAAAGCUGUGGGAGGGCUAAGAUCAAGGGUUAGCCAAUAUCUGCAUAGGGAGGAGUUAGCUCCUUUAUUUUUCUGAAUUUCAGCGAACUUGUUUUGUCAUCAUUAGUCAUGGAAUAAAUUGUUUUGUUCGCUAUUUACCCCUUCCUAAUAUAGUUCUUUAAUAAAUUUAUUUCUUGUCUA